UAAAAAAAAAGAGGAUUAAAAUAUGAAAAUGCCACUAUGUCUGUCUAUCCAAAUCUAAUGCUUUACAAGGUGGCUGAAGAAACAGCACAAAUCAGGAAGGUGGGGAAGAAUACGAAGCAUUAGUGCUGGCACAGCAAGUUUCACCUUACUGAACUGAAAAUUAGACCAGUGUCAGAUACAAGCCAGAAUCUCUGUUUAUACAAAUCAUCAGUGAUCCUUUGGCUUUGGUGGCUCUGUACCAACUUCCACCAGCUGGGGAAAAGAUACUGUAAAUCUGCCAAUAACAACAAAAAAGUUUAUUUUUUGCAGUGCAUAGAUUUUCAUUGCUAUUUGUAGAACAGUUUGUAAAACAAGAAUAUUCUCAUCUUCUGGUAUUUGAAUAGAUCAUUUUGUUUGUCAAAAUACAUAGACCAAAAUCGCCCAACACAAAGGUAGUCUUCAGACAUAGUUUCAUUAUCUCAUUUGCUUGUGUGACAUAAUGCCAUAAUUGUGUUUUCCAUUUUUAUGGUGACAUUCAGUUUUUUUCCAUCUGUAAUUCUACACAAAUUAUCUGAUCAAAAUCACAGUAAGCAGUGUUACUUAGGCUGGUAGUUAGCAUGCUUAUUUUUAUUUUUUGUUAGUUUAGUAUUUGAUGUUGUUGGAUUUUGCUAGUUUUUAUGUGUUUUGAGGGAGAAGUUUCAUUGUAUUUUGGGGCUGGGAAUUUCAAGUACUUUCUGAGGCCAAUAAUUAGAAAUUAUAUUCCAGACCAAUUCAGGGACACAGCAUCUGUGGGUUUGUUAUUACUGUGAACCUACAGCCAUGGGAAUUCAUGACAAAGGUCAUUGCUCAUUCAAACUGCUGCAUGGCCAGAUGAGGAUUUGCAAAGGGAUCUGCCAAAGGCCAGAACAAGUUUGCAAGGAUGGAAGCUCUCUGUGGCUGCCUCAUUUAAUAAUGAACUUAUGAAGACUGCUGAAUUGGUGGUUGGUCUAUUACAAAUGGGGCAAAUGACUCCCUAUUAUAGAAUCAUUUCUAAAAACAGAGGGUCUUCUUCUAUUGCAAGUGGUCUGUCUGUGUUACUUGGGCAGUUACAAACUGUCUGACAUUCAAAAAAUUCUGAGAAAGCUGUAAACGUCUGGUAAGAAAGCUGACAAUUUCAAGUUUCGUGCUUCUUUAGGAAGGAGCGGCCUGUUUUUUAUUCUACAUUUAAACAAUGCCUCGUGUAAGAGUCUUCAUGCUUUCUAGGGCCCACCAAUUGCUGUAAUGCAUUAUUUAGUUUUGAUUUUUAUUCAGAAAGGUGAAAAUGCUUCUUCUAUACUAAUCUUAACCUGAACUUCUAUACUAAUCUGAACUGACUUUCAGUGCCAAGCAAGAAUGACAGAAUGUUCUGAAACUUAAACAAUCACGAAAAUAUUGAUGCUGCGGUUUCUAAUGGAUAUUCAAAUUUUGCUAUCAGGCACAUCAAUUGUAUGAGACAUUUCAAUAGUAAGUUCUCUUUUUUAGGCUUUUAUCUGGAAUCUGUCUUCCCAUCCAAGGCGAAAAAUCAAAACGGGCUUUCUUCUGUGACAGCAUUUCUUGGUAGAGGCGAACAAAUUGCCUAUCUUGACUAUACAAAGGGGGUUUUGAUUUACCCAAUGAGACAGUGAUUGCUCAUGUUUACAUGUGAUAUGAUUGUUCUAUGUAUGGCACUUUCCCAUUUCUUCUGAAAAUAAACCUUUUGCUGACCUUCCUUACACUGUAGCCUCUUACCUAAAUGAAACAUUGUGAUUGAGCAAUAUAAUGGCUUGAAUUUCUCAACUUUGGUCAUGGUUGCAUUGGCCCCAGCCAGUAGCUGUGUGGCCAGAAUGAAUGUGAAUUGCCCGGCUUCAGAUAGAGAUGUUGGGGUAUGUAGGUCAGAUUGCCAAUUAGUACCUCAAUUAUCAGGAUGAUACCCACAAGGGAUCUUGAAGAUACUUUAUAAUUUUAAAUCUGAUACAUAGUUAUACUGCAGAAAAGAACCAAACCAAGACAUCGAUGUUUAUCCACAUUACAGAAUAAAUUUAAAUUUAUGGAGAGGGAAUUAACUGUGUAAUAAAAUUUUGCCCUGAAAUCCAGUGCUGAGUCACUGAAUUGAGAGUGCUGUUGAUGGUUCAUUUUUCUUUAUAAACCCGUGUCACACCAGAGAAGUACUAUGAAGUGGAACUUGUAGUUCGAAAAAACAUGUACAUGUAUUAAUAUAUUCCACUAAAAAUAAUUUUUGAAAGUUUGUGGUGUAAAUUUUGAAAAGGCAACUUGCAUCUGAAACAAGCAAAUGGUGGUUGAUACUAACAUUGGCUUCAAUUUACUUCCACUCAGCGUUCAUAGGCAGGUGCAGGCUAUGACUGUCAAGACAGUUCUUGACUGAGGAAAUAUAGAUAAAUAUUGUAAGAGGCAAUUACUGUUUUACAGAAAUGUCAUGCUAUAUGUUAACAACAUUUCAAAAUAUGUGCCUCUAAAAGACUUGGCUGCACAGAGCUAUGGCAUGGAAUAUACUAUGUCAGUGGUAAAAAGUUUUUGCACUGAAAAACAUGGAUAGUCCUCAUCCCAGAGGACGCAAUAUCAUGAGUUGGGCUGCUCAGGAAGGGUGCAUCAAAUCAGGAGCUACAGCUUAACGAGAUCUUUACUAAAUGCUUUACUAAAUGCCUUAGAGCUGGGCCUGGGAUAUAAACCUAAGCUGUGAAGCAGACUUCUGAAAUUCUCCAAAACUUGUAUUUUGGGAUCCGGUUUGGUCUGCUUCUGAGCAAAACAGGAGGUUCAUCUAAAACUUGAAGGUCCGCUACAGUCUAUUUGGGAUAGACUGAGGAUGUAUGAUUUUGUCCUAGAUGUAACAUACCAAUCUGUUAGGAUACCGAUCUGUUAGGAUGUCUCACAGCCAAAAGGAAUCUCUUCCACUGCCUAGAAUCUUCAUGUUUUUGUUAAGUAGUUACAAUGUUUAGUUUUAUUUUAUUUGUUUAAAUCACCCUUUUCUGCUUAAUGAAGGCCACGCUAAUACUGUUCUACACCUUUACUCUCAAAAAAAUUCCCUUCCCAGAACACUUCCCCAAAAUCAGCUAUUUAAUGCAGCCCCUUUGCCAACCCAUUGCUAUGGGAACUCAGUCUUUCAUUUAUGUAUGAAAACAGAGAAAAUCUUGUGUGGUGUGUAGAGCUGAAAUUCUAGGAUUCAAGUUUGAUAUCUAAAUAAUGAGUUUUCCUGAUCAAGACAUACUGGGCCAAGCUUUUGAAGAUGCACUAGAAGUACUGCAGCAGCAUUCGGACAGAGAAAUGCAAUACUCACAAGGUUAUAAAAAUUGCCUGACUGUGAUCAACCAUCAUCCCCACCUCCGAGCAAGUCCCAGCUACUCCGCAGUACCCUCUACAGAGGACCCAGGAUAUAGCUGGAGAACUGUGAUAAACAGUGCCGCAGAUUUUUAUGCAGAAGAUUCUGUCUACCAUACGCUGCAGAAUACCCCAGAAAGCCAAGUGAUGCAUGCUGCUGCUGUCCAGCCAAAAGCAGGGAAAGGUAGAAAAAAACUUCGUCUGUUUGAGUACCUCCAUGAGUCUCUGUAUGAUCCAGCCAUGGCAAACUGCAUCCAGUGGGUGGAUAAGCCCAAUGGUGUCUUCCAGUUUGUCUCCAAAAACAAGGAGAAACUUGCAGAGUUGUGGGGAGAAAGAAAGGGAAACCGCAAGAUCAUGACAUAUCAGAAAAUGGCCAGAGCACUGAGGAAUUAUGGAAGAACAGGUGAAAUUAUUAAAAUUCGAAGGAAGCUGACGUACCAGUUCAGCGCUGUUGUUUUACAAAGACUUGCUCCGUCCUAUUUCUUGGGAAAAGAAACUCUUUAUCAUCCGUACAUUCAGCCUAACCAAGAAUAUCAAUGUGCAGAUGACUGGAUCAAUUACAACAGUUAUAUGUAUAACAAUGGUUAUGCAUUACAGCAUGCUAACAGCUAGAUAUCACAUAAACAGCUCGUAAUACUUUUCAGCACAGGAGCUCUUCUCUAUACAUAGCUUUUCCUAUAUUAUGUCAUGCAAACACACGAAGAGGGCUUAAAAUGAUCUUUAACCUACUUUUGUUCCUUUUGAAGUUACCAAUAAAGAGCCAUUGAAUAUCAAAGAAAAACAGCAGCUGUAGGCUAGAUUCUGUUCUCUAUGGCAUUGAGCAAAGGAAGUACUACAAAUUCAAGCUAGUACAUCCAAGAUAGGGAUCAAGACUUUUGUCUGCAGUCUGGAUCAAAGAUCCCAUCCUGACAAUGCUCACUCACUUCAUCGGAAGUUCUGUGCAUAUCCCCAACUUUCCAGUCAGAAUGCAGAUGCUGUUGUACCGUAGUUCACAAUUGGAUGCAUGUGAAUUAGAAAGGGAAGAGAUUUGCCAACUGUGCUAAGCUACUGUCUGCUUUUUCAUCAAUGCUCCUUAGUAAGAGAUGAUUUUUGAGUGAAUCCCUGGCUGAAUUAUAGAGUCCACAUGAAGGUGCACCUGUUGUCCAAUUAAUCCUUAAUCAGUUAUAUUAACAUAUUUUAGCACAGAUGACACCUGACACAUGGUAUUAGGAUCACCAGGUGUGCAUUUCACUGUUGUCAGGGGAUUCUUUGGGAAAGAGACCAUACUAUGACAGAGUUAGCAAAGGAUUAUACUUUUUAUGAAGUUAUUUACAGUUCUCCCUCACUAAUGUGAGAAGCUGCACUCUUAUCCAUCAGUCCUAUACUCAGCUGAUGAACUCGGCUUUGUUAUUAAUAACCACCUUUGGAGUUAUAACUUUAUGUAUAGAAAUAUAGUAUUGCUUCUCCAACUAUUUUUCUGUAUGGUAUUGUUGCUGAGAGACUUGGUGAUUUUACCUCCUCUUCAUGGAGAAGAAGAGUAAAUUUAGAUAAAAAAAAUAAUACUAUCCCCUUAUGCCAGGAUGAUAUCAAUAAACAUAUUCUUUCUGAUACUUCUAUUCCGUUGCCAGCUUGUAUCAUCAUAUGGUUUGGCUCUUGUGCUAAAAUACUUCCAUUUGACUGCAUUCAGCUUCGUGUUCUGCAUUUUGCUUCAAGUGACUGCAGGUUCAGGUAAAAAUAAAAACAAAAUUGAUUUCUUUGAAGAGAUAUAAAUGGUGGCUUGAUAUGUUACACAAAAUUCACUGACUUUAAUAGUUACUACUUGAUCUAACUCCUGCUUACAUCUACAGGGAAAUCAUUUAUGUAAUAGACACAAUGCAACAUACUCCACUCAAACAAAAUUCAAGCUUUUGUGUUAAUACUUUGGUAAGAUGAAGGACGUGUACCCUUAGAAAUCUGAGUUACAAUAACAACACUAAGACCCAGGUUUUUUGUCACUGAACACCUCUCAAAAUAAGAAGGUCACAACUGUGCCGUUACCAUUUUGAGUGUAGUUUUCCAUAUGCAAACUUUUCUAUACAAUAGACAGAAGAUGCCUCUAGUUGUAUAUAAUUGAGUCUGGAUUCUGCUGUAGCACUGAAUGUAGUGGGACUUUUACAAAAGACUGAGAUCUUUAAGUCAGGAUGCUCUCACCGUGUGAGCACUUACUUAAAUAAAACAUCACGAAUUUCAUAAUGUACAUAAAUUUGGUAAGAAACUGCACAUUUAUUUACUAAACUUCUGUCACUCAUUGCAGUCUGUGUUAUUUACAAGGCUGGUAACAUACACUGCAAUAAGAAUCUACUUUGCAUAAAAUGCUCACUUUGUCAGCGUGUUUGGAUUCACUUUUCUCAGCCUCAUCUACUUGUUAAGGAAAUAAAUACUUUUUUUUUUCCAUUC